AUACACUGUCAUGUGAUGUCUCGGAUAAACGCCGUCACUAAGAACAUGUCAGGACUUAUCAACCCAAACCCUGUAUUAUACUCGCCCGUGGAGGAGUCUGCUUCCACUGAAGUGGACCCUCUAGUCACGGAGAUAUUUGAUCUGAUUCGAGAUAUUAAAGACCCUGAGCAUCCACACACGCUAGAGGAGCUGAACGUGGUUCGUGAAGAUGCCAUCACCAUAAGCCACCCACCACCCCCACACUCACCGCCCCCACACUAUCCACUCCUCACAGAAGACGAUACUGUGUGGAUCAAAAUAACGUUCACGCCCACGGUCCCUCACUGCUCCCUGGCCACUCUGAUUGGUCUGUGUCUACGAGUCAAGCUUGAGCGAUCGCUGCAAUAUCGGUAUAAACUAGACAUUGUCGUGUGUGAAGGAUCUCAUUCAAUCGAAGAAGAUGUCAAUAAACAAAUCAAUGAUAAAGAAAGAGUAGCAGCAGCCAUGGAGAACCCUAACCUCAGAGACAUGGUGGAACAGUGCAUUCAAGAAGUAGAAUAUUAAUACUUUAUAUCAAUCACAAUUCUUUUAAAUUGACAAUAAUUUUUAAUAAA